UAAUAAGAGAGCUAUUGUGAAUUAUUUUCUAGGAGUAAAAUUUGAGUAGGAAAGGGGUGGUUUUUAACGAUAAAUUAAGUGAUGAAGGAAAAUGUAUCCUUUACAGCAAAAAAUACAGAGGAUAGUGGGCAAGAAGGGCCUAUUCGAUGUAUCUUUUUCUCUGAAUUUCAUCCAACGGCAGGUCCUAAAAUUACUUGUCAGGUACCAGACAAUUUUAUAUCAAAGGAUAUAUUCGAUAACGUCAGCGUGUAUAUUAUACCAAAAGCUCAGCUCCAAAGAAGUACAAUUACUGUCACCCUAAAAGAUUAUAAAAUAUUGGGAUUCCCUACGAAAAUUGACAAUAAAAAAUAUGCCAGAAAUGCAUUCUACUUUAACCUCUGUUUUGUUUGCGAUGCUGAAGCAAGAACAGUGCAUUAUGAACCAGUAGUAAAGAAAAUGUCAGACUUUUUGAUGGCAUUGGAGAUAGAGAAUUGCUUUUUAUCAGCCUCGGAUGAUAAGACACGGCUUUUAGAGAUGUUGCAGCAAGUAAUGCAAGAUUUAAAUAUGCAUAAAAUGUGUACUUUGACCGAAGGAACGAUGACAUCGCAUUUAAAAGUUGUAAGAUUAGCUCCAGAACCUAAACCAGUUUUUGAUCAUCAAGUACCAAUAUUUCUCGAAGGACGUGAAGCAUUUAGAAGCGAUCAGUGGGAUUUAACUACUCAGCAAGUGUUACCGUACAUCGAUGGCUUUAAUCACGUGUCACGUAUAGCAGCAGAGGCUGAUGUAGAAAAUAAUCUUGUUAAAAGUUGUGUGCAAAAUCUUGUAUAUUACGGAGUGGUUACACUUAUACCGAUAUUCCAGUAUAGUAAUGUUUAUGCUACGACACCAAAAUUAAAGGAACUAGCAGAAAAUUUACAAUUACAAGUACGCUGCAUAGAAUAUACAUCAAAGUCAACUAGGCAGCCAGCAUAUUUAAGAGAUAUCUAUCGAAUGUAUGCCUCGAUGACUCAUGGGAGCAGUAUGAGGGAUUUGUGUCAACGAUUGAAUCCUCAGAACUUAAGAAUUAAUGAGAGGAAGCUUAUACAAUUCGGACUAAUCGAGGGUUUAAUUCGUCGAGUAUACAAGUAUCCGAUUCUUUUGCCCGGCGGUUCAAGCGAAGAAGGCCGCAACAAUUCGAUUUAUAAGCAUUUCACCGGAGCUUUCAAUCUCGAUGAAAUAUGCUGUAAUACUGGACAGUCAGCAGCUCAGAUCGAAGAAAUUGUUGAGAGAGAUCCUAAUGUUGUGAUGUUGUGGAAGUGAUGAGUUAAUACAGUCAAAGGCACGGGAGGAGAGGAAAAAGUCCGAGCCGACUUUUAGCUUAAGAUAAUGGCCAGCUUCGCCACAUUCUGCAGCGGAUGAAGAUAAUGACUGUUCACUUACUUCACGCGCCUUGGGCAUAUUUGUCGAGUCUCUCUCUCUCUCUCUCUCUCUCUCUCUCUCUCU